GUCUUAUGCAGUCGGUAGUCCGGACUACCCGACCGUCAGCGGACUCAGUCUCUCUCUCUCUCCCUCUCUCUCUUUCUCUCUCUUCGUGGAUAAUCUCCCGUCCUCUCUCUUCCUCCCUUCCUCAUUCCCCUCUCCCUCCCUGGUUCUCGCUCGCGCUCCUCUCUUCUCCACCUCCACCAGAGAGAUCUGCGACGGUACAAUCCACCACCACCAUCCGCGGUGCCGCCGCCGCCGCCGCCGCCGCCACCACCUCCUUUAUCUCCUUCUCCUCUUCCUCCACCACCUCCACCUCCUCCUCCUCCUUCUUCUUCCGUUUCUCUCUGCGAUCCUCGCGGUCCACGCUCUUCCUUAAUUCAGUCCAAUGAGAGCCGCUCUUCGAUUCGUCACACCCGCCGACAAAUCUCUUUUCCACACACAUUCUUCUCUGUUUUUCCUCUCUCCCUCGCCGUCCUUCGCUGUGGAUCGCCGCGAAUUUUCGAAAAAGCGACGACGGGCCGUUCUCCAUAUCCGCUCCCGCGACACCGAUUUCUCCCAGACGUCCCCCCCCCUCCCUCCUCACCUCCCGCCCCCUCCUGAGUGAGCGAGCGGGCGAGCGGGCGAGCGCGAUCGCGAUCUCGCGCGAUUGCGAUCUCGCGCGACGCAAGUGCGUCGCGAUGCGUCGCAGCAACGCGCCAACGUCGUAAACGUCGCGCGGGACACCGCGCGCGCUGCACAUCCCGCGCUACGCAUCCGUACGGAAGUGCGCGUCCUCCGCGCCGGAUGGGACACGCCGCCGCUGCCACUGCCGAACAAGAGGAAGAAGAGGAUCCUCCUCGUGGAGGACGGAGGACGCUUGUCGCAGCGUCGCGAGUUUAUUUUGACGACGGUUCGCCGCCGCUCGGUGCGUCGUAAACAUAUUGUGAUACACAGUGCUUGCGCAGGAUUCCCCCCUCCCUCCACCCUCUUCUACCCGCGAGGAACACGCUCGUCGACGGACGCGCGGAUCGCCGCUGCGCUUUAAAUCCGCUUCGGAUCCCCCUCGAGGGGGAGAGAGAGAGAGAGAGAGAGCGAGAGAGACGCGUUGCGGCAGGCGGACACGCGCGCGGGCGAUUUAACGAUUCGCCUCGCGGGAUGAGGAGCGGGCUGCCCUCUUCCUAGAGGAUGCGAGGAAGGAUUUCGCCUCUCGCCGAGGAAACAUGUCCCGCGGCGGUCGUCGCAACGCGCGAACCGGUUGCGCGCUCUUAAAAUAGUUUCUCACGCGCGUAGGUAACUGGCGCUCGCGCGCGCGCACGCACCGUCCGCUCCCGCCGCCGCCGCUGGAACACGAGACGCCGCCGCACCGGAGAGUAGUGCCAGGAUGACGAGUUGGAAACAGGAGCACGUGUUGUUCGUCGCGGUCGCCGUCGGGAUUCUGUUGCUGACGACCGCGACGAAACGCUCGGAAGCAUGCAACGAGGCGAUCUGCGCCAGCGUCGUGAGCAAGUGCAUGCUCACGCAGAGUUGCAAGUGCGACUUGGUUACCUGCACCUGCUGCAAGGACUGCUUCUCGUGCUUGAGCUAUUUGUAUGACGAGUGCUGCUCAUGCGUAGAUCUGUGCCCGAAGCCGAAUAUCACCGACAAUCCGUUGAGCAGAAAGUCUCACGUGGAGGAAUUCACCGAGCCAGUGCCGGCGCUCUUCCAAGCGCUCACGGCCGAAGCGGAUCCACACGAGAGAUGGCUCACCUUCACGUAUCCGGUAGACUUCGACAUGUCGGUCUUCACGCCGAAACAUGAGAACGAAAUGAAAUAUCAUAUGCAAACCGCGAACGGGGAGGAGCUGCAUCCGCUGAAGCCGAACGUGAUGACGGUGAACUGCACGGUCGCGUUCAUGGCGCAGUGCAACUCCUGGCACAAAUGUCGGGCGUCCUGCCAGAGCAUGGGCGCCUCGAGCUACAGGUGGUUCCACGACGGCUGUUGCGAGUGCGUGGGCGACACGUGCAUCAACUACGGAAUCAACGAGUCGAGAUGCAGGCUGUGCUCGCAGGGAAAGGACGAUCCGGAAUCCGCCGACCUGAAGGACCCGCAGUACGACGAUUACGGUCAGGAUGAGGACGAGCUGGGCGAGGACGUGGUGGAUUAGCGAUGGAUAUGUAUUCGCGACAUUUUCGUCGCUUUCCCUCGGCACAUUCUUUCCGUUCCAAAUAUAUACAUAUGCAUGAAUAGAUGCGAUGAGGGGAGAAACGUUCGUGGAAGGACAUUCCGACGGCAAUGAUGAUUGCGAGAUUCAUUCUUUUUUGUGAAGAAUUCAUCGUUUUAUCGUUACACGAUAAAAAGUGAGAUUUUAUUCUAAUCUCGGUACGCUUCAGGUUUUAUCCUUAGGAAAACCGUCUAGGGUUUACGAUGGCAACGAAUUAGUAAAUCUCCGAUUUAGAAUUACCCUGCACGGGCGUGUGCCUCACUAUAAAUUUGACCCUUCGAACGUUCGGCGAUUCGAUCAAAACCGACUUGGAACAGUUUUGAAAGUCGAUAUCGUGAUGGUGAAACUUGCAAGUGUAAAUCUCCCAAUCUCAGAGUGUCGUCCCUUCAAGAAAGGGCUUUCGUAAUGGAACUUUAUAAUUUAAGAACGCGAAGUCGCCGACUAUCGACAACGUGGAAGUAUAAUAAAAUAUAAUAAUCUACGUGUCGUCCAGCGCAAACGCGACCAGGCGCGGUCUCAUUGGAGAGGCCUGGUCUUUGUAUAUGUGACUGCAAGUAUAAGACAGUAUAAUAUUGUAAAUGUAGCUUUCCUCUCCCGUUUCUUCUUUUUUUUUUUUUUACUAAGAAAUGCACUCGGUCAACGUUAGAUUAUUUGUACAACAUCGAAAAUCUUUAUUAUCACGUCCGUGCCAUAAAAUUGUACAUACAACAAAUCGCUCUCGAUCGGACAGAGAGAGAGAGAGAGUUAGAAACAGAGAGAGAGAGAUCGCUUUACACAUGCGGGAUCCCUCUCGAAAUUUCUCUGGGAAAGAAUAUUCUCUGAACGUUACAAUACCGCUGAUAAAUUUCCGGACAUUUUGUGAAAUGCGGACAUGCUGAACGCCCGUGGAAAGUUUCAACACACUUCCGUAUGAUAAAGUUUAAUCUCUUAUCUCGUUUCAGGAUGUUUUUUAUAUCUUUUUUUAUAUUUUACAUGUAAAGGCUAUUUAAUGCUUGUAAAAUAAGCACGUAAAAAAGGAAUGAUAAAUUAACAUCUUCGAAAAUAUAUGAAAAAACAUUUAAAGUAAGUAAUCGCAGAGAUAGGUUAACGAUUCUAUUUUAUUAGACUUUUAUUUAUGUAAUAUAUAUAUUGAAUAUGCAGAUAUAUCGAAUUUUAUUUAUGUAAUAUUGGACAUGUAUGAGGCGUUCGAAAAUUUACAAGCGGUAGAGCACUGCGUAUCUCUAAUAUAGGGCAGUUUUAAUAUACACGCCAGCAACGCGAUUGGGGCGAGAUAAGACGCGUCGUCUCACAAAGGGGGAAAGAAAUAAAAAACCAUAGUCAAAACUAAUGUUGCAACGUAUUAUUAAUUGAUUAAUUAAUUUGUUGUAUAAAGUUCGAGAGUAUUGUUGAUUUUAAGCUUUCAAAAUACUUAAGAUUAAAAAAAAAACUUUAAAAGGUUUAAAUUUAAGAAUAUUCUUGAAGAGUUUCAUGAUUUUCAAAUAAAAUAUUUUAUUAUCUUUUAGAUUUUUAAAUUUCAUUUGCAACUUUUGGAGAUCAGGCAAUUUUUAUUAGUAUUUAAUUUGAUUCAUGUCGUAAGUAAUUUUUUUAUAUUUUAUGAUUUACAUGUAUAUUUCAGCUUUAACCGUUAAAUAUUAAUUGGAUAGUAAUAUAUUAGUAACAUUGGUAGAUUAAAUAAUAUUUGUUUUGGUCAUGCCUUUUUGUUUUUUUCCCUCUAUGCGCGUCUCUACGAGUGGAAUGUGAUAUGCUUCGGGAUCGAUUUGGAUAAUGAUAUUUAACGAGAUACGUGUGCGAAAACACUCUUGAGGUUCGCGCUGUCCGAGACGCGCGACGGAGCGCGGGAAUAACGAUCGCAUGCGCGUGCAUUUUUUUGGUAUCGAGUUGGGAGUUCAAGAACGAAGAGUAAUCUUCGUAAGCGAGCGAAACGAUACUCCUCAAUUGGAUCAUGCGUACAUCUGUAUAUACGAGUUUUAACAACAUACAGAACGUCCAUUUUCUAAACGCAGAGACGUAGCUGCACACUUCAUAAUAUUUAAUAAGUUAAUAUAAAUUCUUUAAAUAUGAUAGAACUUUUAAUACUAGAAUUACCAAAGUAAGAGUUAAAUAAUAUAAUAUAAUUAAUAAUAUAACUGAUUCGUAAUUUUUUUUAAAUCACUCAAAUUUAUAACAUUUGUAGAUUUUUUGUGACUGUAAUUGUAACAUGCAGAUGAUUAAAUUGAUCAAAUUUUCUUUCUCUCUUCGUCCCUUUCUCCCAAAAAUUACGUGCAUAGUAUACUUAAGUAAUUGACAUUAAUCGGUAGUUCUAGUGUUAGAAGCUCUGCAUACUUCAUGGCGCAUGUCGUACAUACCAUAAAUAUUACGAAGUGGGCAACUUGUAUAACGUUCUUUAUAUAUUUUUUUAUCGUUAGUUGCACACUCAAUGCACGUACUAACUCGCGCCGUCACAAAUAUACCAAACAUGUAUACAUCACAAAUAAAAUUAAUCGCAAG